UUGUUGAUUGUUAAUUUAUUGCAUUGCAUUGCCACUCUAUUGCCAAUUAUUACUCCUUAGUCUUAUAAUUAACAAAAAUAUAUAUUUUUAAUUGAAUGGAGAAUAUGUUACAAUUUGUAUUAUAACAAAAUAUUACAUUGUUUACACGGUGUUCCCAUUUUUUGUGCAUAAACCUUGUCUUCGGCAAAAUGUCUAAAUGGCAAUCAGAGAGAAGCAUUCAUGAAAUGUUAAAGGAUACUCCACCACUGCGAGAGUCCAGUGACUCUAUCACAUCUGGCACAGAGGCCAAAUUCCCCACAUCACGGUCUAUGCCUUUCCCACCAGCUUAUGCUCCACCAGAUGUGUCUCAGAAUGGGGGAGCAGGGAACAGCACCCUGUUGCGAGCAGGCUCCACCAAGCUGGAAUCCCUCAAGAACUGGGGAGUGUCCACAUACAAGUGCACUCGGCAGCUGCUCUAUGAGAAGUUGGGAAAGACUUCAAGGACUGUUGAUACAGAUUUGGAAGCAAAGAUUGAGAGUCUGCGGGAGACUCAGCGGAAAUACAAUGGUGUACUGCGGCUGAGCAGCGCACUGGCGGCUCAGCUCGGUGCGGCGCAGCACACGCAGCGCGCGCUAGGGGACGCCUUCGCCGAUCUUGCGCAGAAGUCGCCUGAGCUGCAGAACCAGUUCCUCUACAACGCGGACACGCAGCGAUCCUUGACCCGCAAUGGCGAGGUGCUGCUCGCGGCGCUGCAUUUCUUCAACAACUCGCUCAACACGCUCACCAACAAAACCAUCGAGGACACGCUGCUCACCAUACGGCAAUACGAGGCUGCGAGGUUUUUGCAUUGCCGUACCAAAUGUAUUGACCGGUGAUAGAUCAGGGGGUGACAUGUACAUAUCUGUCUGUG